CUUCAUUUCAUAAAUCUCUUCAGUUCUUCACUCUUCGGUCUUCGCAGUUUCAUAGCUCACGUGCUCGACUUAUCGAAGAAUUGUUACUAUUUUUUUUAUAUUUAAUUGCACACUGUCGAAUUGUAUUCAUAAUAAUGCCCAGCUACGAGUUAUGUUUGCUGUUUAAAGUCUUGCCAAGGCCUGAAAUAACACAAUGCCUAAAACGAACAGCCAGUAAAAUUUUUGAAUUUGGUGGAUUUAUACGGCGUAUAGACAACCUAGGAACGACAGAUACUCCUUGGAAAAUAAUUUCACAUGAUGCAAUACAUAAACAGGCUAGCUAUUUUAUUGUUGAGUUUGACGCACCUAGUUCAGCUUUGAGUCCAUUCAAUAACUAUUUAUCAAGAGACAUUGAUAUAAUAAAACGAACAAUAUUUAAAGUUCCUGAAAAUACACCUCAACCAGCUUGCACACUACAUGAAGAACUCAAACCACCAGCAUACAGGUCUGAGGUUAAAGAGAUGAUUGCAAUUGGCAAGCGUAAACGUGAAAAAGAAGCAAGAAAGAAAGUACAAUUUAACACUGGUUUGGAUUACAUGCCGUUUCAAAGAUAAAUUCAUGUUAAUUGUUAAUUUAAUUAAUAUUGUAAAUAUAUAGAGGUAUUUUUUAGUAGUUAUAUUAAUAAUAUUAAA